AUGGUCCAGGUCUGUCCCAGGAAGCAUCCCGCAUCCCUGAUUCUAUUCCAGGUCCUGCAGCAGGACCAGCAGUCCCUGGGAGAUGUCCUUUCUCGUGGCAGAAGCACAAGAGGCCAAGCCCUUCCCACAAGCAGCCCCGUAAUCCCCAUCGCACAUGGUGUGGGACAUACUGUUCUGCAGGUCCAAGCACAAGGCCAAGCCCAGCCUCAGGGUGGCCAGUUCAAGCCGGAGGAACACCGACAGUCUGCACCGACGUGCAGUUUUCAGUUAUGUGUGCAGUUUCACACCGUUCUCACCAAUGGGAUAGUUUUGAAGGAUGGAAUCACCAAAUUUGUGGUAGAGUUAUUUCCCCCCUAA